AUGCUGAAGCUCGAGGGACUUGCCAGUUGGGUUGUUAUUAUUAUAUGCUGCUAUCUAUGUCAGGCAGGUUUGAAGGUUCUUUAUCGGCUACACUUUCAUCCUCUUAAGAAUUUCCCCGGACCAUGGCUGGCUGCCGCAACUGGAUGGUAUAAGUUUUAUUACGAUGUUAUCCGCGGUGGUCAAUAUAUCUUCCAUAUUUGGCGGCUAGAGAAGGAAUUCAACUCAACGAUUAUCCGAAUAUCCCACAAUCACUUGCUUAUCAACGAUCCUGAUUUCUUCCAUGAUGUCUUCAAACCUGGAACUGAAUUUCAGCGAGAUCCUACCUUCUACCAAAGCCUGCCAUUAGCAAACUCCCUUGCUGCACUCGCAGACUUCAAGUUGCAUGGCGUACGGCGUAAGCAACUAAAUCCAGUGUUCACCCCGUCAGCGGUUGCAGAGGCGUUGCCUACUCUGUCCAAGAACAUUGAAGGCAUCGGUGAAAUUCUUUCGAGAGCUAAGAGAGAUGGAACAGCAGUCGACAUUCAAGCACACUUUUUCUACCUCACAAUCAACAUGAUUUCUGACAAGCUGUUUGGCUCUUCUUUGAGCCUACUCGAUGAAAAGGACCAGCUGGAUGAUAUUGCUACCACGCUGCAAUUCUUCCACAGACAGUCCCUUCUCUUUGUCAAUUUUCCUAGCCUAGGAAAGUUAGUGGACGUUCUGCCAGAGUUUCUUUUGAGAAUGGUCGUUCCGGGAUAUGUGCGACUGAGAGAGUACUGCGGUGCCCGUCUUGGCGAAGUCUACGCCAGAAGGCAACAAAAGGAGAAGCCGUCACCGGACGCAGGACACCGUACGCUAAACGAUGUCCUAUUAGAGUCUGGCCAGAGUGACGGGAUCCAUAUUGACAGGAAGUACCUCAUUGAUGAGUCCGUCCUGUUUAUGUUCGUCGGCACAGAUACGACGGCAUACGCGCUAUCGUUCGCCAUAUACUACCUGCUGACCCACCCCGACGUGCUCAAGAAACUGAAAGUCGAGCUUAGGGACUCUGAACGACAAAUACAAUCACAUGAUUGGCCUGCCAUCCGAAAGCUGGAGUAUUUGUCUGCGGUAAUUGAAGAGGUACUGCGCAUCUCUUGCCCAGUUCAAGGGUUUUUACCUCGGGUAGUACCACCCAGCGGCCGCUUCAUUGGGUCUACAUUCAUCCCUGGUGGGACAAUCAUUUCGGUGCCUUUGUCCGGUAUAAGCAAGAGCGAGGUGAUUUUCAAAGACCCGGGCUCGUUCCGGCCAGAGCGAUGGCUAGGGGACGAGGGAAAGAGCCUCGAAAAGUGGAGGGUCCAGUUCAGUUUAGGGCCUUAUGCCUGUAUUGGAAUGAAAUUAUCGCAAAUGGAGAUGACCAUGUCUCUCGCCUACAUUUUCGCACGGUUCGAUCUUGCGCUGCACGAGACCGACUCUAGAAGUAUGGAAAUCUUAGAUUAUCUUCUAGCCGCAAACACAUCUCAUGUGCAAGUGACUGUUCUCAAGGAUAACUGGAGCUAG